AUGGCGGCGGCUAACGGUGAUGGCGCUUCCGAUCUAUCGUCGCGGGCGGCAACCCCAAUUGCCCAACUAAGUCCCGACCUCGCCGACCAAGCCUCACGCGUCGUCCGCGGCGAAGUCACGAUCACUUGGCCUUACAACUCCGUCACCAAGAGGUUCGCCUUCCUCAUCGCCGAACCUGAUGUGCGCCUGCGCCGUGCUAGAGGCCAAAUACGGGUAGAGCUCCAGGGGCCGAGCGCGACAGCUGCGGCGGAAAGCGGACUUGGGGCGGGUGAUGAGUUGGUCUUCAGCUUGGCUGGCGUAGAAUGGGCCAAAGAUGCGUCCCCCGGUCGCAUCCCCGGCGCAAGAGUGGAAUGGCAGCUACAGUUUAGUUGUAGGAUUGACCUGCAGGUCAAAUUUGGAGAAUCCGGCGAAGUGAAACUCAUCAACAUCGACAACCCAGCGGAACAACAACCAGAUGGCCUUGGGAACGAGACACCGAGACUGACCUCGAUAGAACCCGAGCCUGCGCCAGUCAUAUCCGAAGUUCCAACCACGACUCGCAAACUUUCGGACUUCACGGCAAACGAAUACCCCUCGCCGGCUUUUGUUAAACGGGCUCGCAUAUCGUACGGCGCUCUGUUCGAAGGCGGCUUCGAUCUGUUUGAAGAGGAUGGGGGGGUAAAAGGGAAGGGUCGUAAAAGAACCAGAUUCGGCCGGGAUAGCAGCGCGUGGCGAUACACCAGUCAGUCACCGAGCCCCGAGCCUAGUCCCACGCCCGAAGACGCAAUGGACGAAGAUGAACCCGAAGAUAUAAAUUCCCAACCAUCGCCCUUACCGCCGCGACGGAACUGGGGCUCACAAAACUUCGAUGUGGAUGCACCUCGGGCCGCUGCAGAACCGGUAAACAUCGCCCUGGAGCGAGAUACAGCGCCUGCUGCACCAGCACCCUCGACCCCGUUGCCUCAGCGCCUCUCGGCGAAUCCUGUGCCCAGGGAUUCAAGCCCGGCCCCCCGAAUAUCGACGCCCGCUGUUGAGCCCGAGUCUCGUCACGAGCAAUCCAACGAGGCCCAAAUUUCACAACCCGAGGCCACUGCCCCCGUUACCGACUUGGCAUUCACUAUAGGACCGCACGAGGAAUCCACCGGUGUGCUUCAUGGCGAGGAACAAAGAGAACAACCCGUUACAAUUCCUUCUCAACAGGCGCCACCACCGGAUCUUGGCGCCGUCACCCGCAGUGAUACCCUGUUUAGCUCGAAUACCUUUUCUGACAGUUUCUCUGCGUUUGGUGCUGGGGCGUCGGACCAGGUAGAAUCCAAUCUAAGCCUUGCGGAUCAGGUUCGGUUCGGAUUUUCUCAUGUCCCACAGACCAGUUACUCGCCAACACCGCCCGUUCCGAAACACGUCCCGGAGCCCGCCUAUGGCCCACAAGAACUUUACCCAACGGCGUAUCUUGAUGCCUCAGCUCCUCCAAAGUUUGCCGACAUGGGCACGUAUGUCGAUGCGGCGGAUGAACAACCGGAAGUGGCCCAAACCCAAGCGCCGGAACCACCCACCGUUCAGCAGUUUGGGGGCCGCCAGUGGGAAAUGUCGACCGAGUCGCCUCACUACAACCCCGUUGAAGGCGGGCAUUUCGGAUCGGACGCUCUUAACGAAGGAACAAGGAUUGAGGUUGAGCAACCAUCUCUCCAUGCGGACGACAUUGCCCCCGAACAGGUGCCCGAAGGAUUUGCGAGCUACGGGCAGAAAAGUUUACCUGAGGAUGGCCAGGAGAACCCAACCCCGCCAGCCCCUCCCCCGACCAGCGAUGAACCGGUUGCCGAAGAGGUGAAUAGCGACAGCGAGGAGGAAGUUGGCGUACAAGAGGAGGAAGAUGUAGACUCCGAAGCUGACGAAUAUGAAUACGGCGAACGAAUCGAAGAGGGCGACUACGACCAGCGCAAGUACGACAUUCUUUCAGACGACGAUGAAGGCCUCUCCGAGGAGGAGGACGAGGUUGAGCUCGAAACGGAGGAGCGUUACGGCAAUGAGGAAGUGUACGACGAAGAUGGCGAGGGUGAAGAGUGGGACGAGGGCGAAGAAUACGGGAGCGAAGAAGGAGAAGAUGAAGAAGGGAAUGAGGAGGAAGAGGAGGACGAAGAAAGCGAAGAUGAGGAAGAGGAAGGCGAGGAUGGUAGCGAGGGAUUUGAUGUGAGCCGGUACCAGCCAAGGAGACAAGCACCGCCAACGCAAACCGGCCCCCCAGAGGUCAUCAGUCUGCUUUCCGAUUCCGAGGACGAAGAGGAGGAACCUAAGCCGCCGCCGCCGCCGCCGAAGAGAUCGUCCCCGCCUCAGGCACAAACAACUAUCCAGACGUUGUUUCGCACGACAUCACCUACGCCUCAGCCCACUCAGACAGAGUCCCAGACGGUUUCACGCAAAGGGACCCCACCACAGACUCUGAUGUCGUCUGAACCAUCCCAAGCAACUAUUUCAACCCACCGUGAAACCAUCGGGGCCGUAGAAGAGACGGAGCAAAACGACGUGGCUGCGGACGACGAGCAUAGGAUUUUUGGGCAAACCCACGUUGUCGACUUUGCAACAGUUGCUCCCCAGCAAUCCAGUGUGCAGGCAAAGGCGGCAGUGGUUGAUUUGCUGGAUACCAGCACCGACAACUCCUCGGUCAUUAGCCUCGCUUCCAGUUCCUUUGAAACGUCAAGCGUUCGGGACGAGACUCCCACCCCUAAAAAACAACAUGCCCCCAGCGAAGUGUUGCCCGACCCGAUAGUUGCCUCAGAACAAAGAUCGCAGUCUACGCCGAGUGAAAGUUCUUCUGAAGGGCUCUUCAUAUCAAAGCCGCGCGCCAGAUCUCCGGGCACAGAAGGCGAACUGCCGAGUGUCAGCUCUACGAAAGAGUUUUGUAGAACCGAUAAUGAGUCGGCGCGAGAAUAUCCGAGCGCCCAUGAAUUGGGGCACGAUGGGAUUCAAGACGGACUCGAGAGCGUAGGAGAACGGGAGCAGGGCGCUACGAGCUCACCACUACGCGACGCACAGCACGAUGACUCGAGCUUACCAGAUGCGGAUACACUCUCGUUGGCUAGCCAGGUCGAGGCCCCAGAAGAAUUUGGAAAUGGCGAUGAUGGCCACAUGAGUGUGGACGAAGAAGGCGAGGCCUCAGCCGGCGAAUAUGACGUGAUGGUAGUCUCCGAAGAUGAUGUCGAUAUGAUCGAUGCUUCCUCAGCACGAGUCGAGUCGGCAUCGCCAGACAAGAUUAUGACAAGCCCCCAACGGGAUAAUCAGGAGGAAUCAACACCCAGCAUCGCCGAUCCCAUGGUUACCGAUGAUAUGUCGCAAACUGCGGCUAGCCAUUCGGCAGACGAAUCUCUUCCGGAUGCGCAGACCCCUACUCAAGAAGAGGAACGACUCACCCCUGUUGCGACCGAUGAAGGGCCAGUUACUGCCGCAGAUGAGAUGAUGGAAGUUGUAUCUGACACUGAACCUACACCGGUGCUAGUCAAGCCACGGGUGGAUCUUGCGGUUGAGGAGGUGGUGGAAUCUACACAACAGUCGACGACGAUGCGGCUGACCGAAGAGGUCGACACGAUACCAAGGGGACUUCCACAGGAAGUUGAUGAAAAUAUCGGCGUCAAUGAGACUGCUGCAGCCGCUGCGGCCACCGUUGUUUCUUUGGAGGCCGGGGGGAUUGUCGAGGUUGAAGCAAGUUCCGCCCCGGUUCGCUCACCGCGAUCACCGUGGCUGGACGGCACGGUUGAUGAUAAUGCAUCUUCCGUGCCCUUUUCUCAGGAUAACCAACAACAAAACGAGAAAUUGUCGGAGCUUGAGGAAUUCUCUUCUCAAGAGGAGCUUGGCGGGGUUGAGCAGCCCAUGAUGCACGACGCAGAGCAGGACCUUGAGGACGAAACUCUGAUCCUGGAACAACUCACCCAGGAACAACAGCAGUCUUUUAGGUUUGAAUCGGUUGUAUCGGACGAAGGAGACCGCUCGUCUUCCCCAAAUCCCGACCUAAGCGUGGACCUCGCCCGGCAAGCUAUUGCAUUCCAGUCCGACGGGACCUCUGUUGAGCUUGAGAGUAAGGACAAGUCUGACUACGUGGAUCAACUUGGAGAUCGGGAGGAUAAUGAGCAUGUGGAUGAACCACAAUCCCCUGAUCUUAGCGUCCAACUAGCCCGUGACGCAUCCACCCCCAAGCUGCGCCCAGCAACUGCCGACCUGGCUUCGUCCGAAAAGAACGAAAAGCCCGAAAUAUCCGGCCGCUUUUCCACUCCCGACCUCAGCGUUCAGCUCGCACGACAGAGUGUCGGAUCAAAGCGGAACAAGAAGGCAGCAGCCGAGCCUGUCCGAACGAGUGCUCGCAUUACCCGUGCACGAUCUAGUAGUUUCCGAUCCAACACGACGAACGGCACACCCGAGAAGGACAAAGAAGACCCCAGCAUCAGCUUCGCAAGAUCAGCUUUAGCAUCACCCUCCAAACGCCCCGAGGCCGAACCCACCGACCCUUCCACCUCCUUUACCUCCACAACUUCAACAGGCCCCACGACCGCUGCAGCUCUCAAAGCCGACCUUACUAAGCGUUUGCGGUCUGAGCUCCCAGGCGGCGUCGCCCUCAAGGCGCUGCGUAAUCACCCCGACAAAUUCCUCGACACCAUCGUCGUCGUGACCUCCCGCCCCACUCAGCCAACCCGCGCCCACGGCGGUCCCCGCGAAUUCUUCAUGUCCUUCCGCGCCACCGACCCCUCAGCGGCCCCCGGCGCUGUCAUCGAGGUGCAGAUGUACCGUCCGCACAAGGACUCGCUGCCCGUAGUCGCGCCGGGAGAUGUCGUGUUACUGCAGCGGUUCCAGGUGAAAGCCAUGACCAAGAAAGAGUGGGGGUUGCGGACAGGCAUGGAGAGCGCGUGGGCGGUUUGGGAAGGGGGUGGUCAUCAUUCUCUUGAUAAGCCCGACGAAGCGGGGGCCACCAGCCAGGGGGCAGCAGCGCCACAAAUCCGGGGUCCGCCGGUGGAGGAUUGGGAGCGGUACGUGGGGUAUGUGGCUACGAUGAAGGAGUGGUUUGCCUUGGUGGUGGGGGAUGAGACAUCCCGGAAGAAGCUGGAGAAGGCGGAUCAGAAGAUGGCGGAGGCGAAGUGA